AUGGUUCUUCAGGAUCUCGGCCGGCGCAUUAGCAGCGCCGUGCAUAACCUCAAUCGAGAGGCGAAUCUCGAUGAAAAGGCCUUCGAUGCCAUGCUCAAAGAGAUAUGCGCCGCCCUCCUCGAAUCCGACGUCAACGUCCGCCUCGUGGGCCAGCUCCGCAAGUCCAUCCGCGCAACCGUCAACUUCAAGGAGCAGCCAACGGCGGUCAACAAGAAGCGCCUCAUCCAAAUGGCCGUCUUCAACGAGCUCGUCAAGCUCGUCGACCCCCACGCCGAGGCCUUCCGACCCAAGAAGGGCAAGUCCAACAUCAUCAUGUUCGUCGGUCUGCAGGGCGCGGGUAAGACGACGACGUGUACGAAGCUGGCGAGGUACUACCAGACGAGGGGUUACAAGGCGUGUUUAGUCUGCGCGGAUACUUUCCGUGCUGGUGCGUUUGAUCAGUUGAAGCAGAAUGCUACAAAGGCCAAGAUUCCGUACUACGGUUCCCUGACGGAAACGGAUCCUGCGGUCGUUGCGAGGGAUGGUGUUGAGAAGUUCAAGAGGGAAAAGUUCGAGGUGAUCAUUGUGGAUACGUCGGGUAGGCACAGGCAAGAGUCGGCGCUGUUCCAGGAGAUGGUAGACAUCCAGGCAGCCAUUCGACCCGACGAGACCAUCAUGGUGCUGGAUGCUUCGAUAGGUCAGCAGGCUGAGGCUCAGGCAAAGGCGUUCAAGGAGGCGGCUGAUUUUGGUGCCAUCAUCAUUACGAAGACUGACGGCCAUGCCAACGGUGGUGGUGCCAUUUCCGCCGUCGCCGCGACACAUACCCCCAUCGUGUUUAUCGGUACGGGUGAGCACAUGCUAGACCUCGAGCGAUUCGCACCGAAGCAGUUCGUGCAGAAGCUCCUGGGCAUGGGUGAUAUCGCGGGCCUUGUCGAACAUGUGCAAAGCCUACGUCUCGACCAGAAGGAUACGAUGAAGCACAUCGCCGAGGGUAUCUUUACAGUUCGCGAUUUACGAGACCAGCUCUCCAACAUUAUGAAGAUGGGCCCUCUGUCCAAGAUGGCGGGCAUGAUCCCCGGAAUGAGUAACAUGAUGCAAGGCCUAGACGACGAGGACGGAAGCGCUAAGCUAAAGCGCAUGAUUUACAUCUGCGAUUCCAUGACGGACAAGGAACUCGACUCCGACGGCAAGCUUUUCAUCGAGCAACCUACAAGGAUGACGCGUGUGGCUAGGGGAUCCGGCACCUCCGUGCGCGAGGUCGAGGAUCUGCUAACACAGCAACGGAUGAUGGCGGGCAUGGCCAAGAAGAUGGGCGGCAACAUGAAGAACAUGCAGAGGGCGCAGGCUGCCAUGGCCGGCGGCAACAAGGCUCAGCAACUCGCCGCGAUGCAGAAGAGGAUGCAGAGCAUGGGAGGUGCAGGUGCGGGCGGCAUGCCCGAUAUGGGUAGUCUCAUGAAGAUGCUCGGCGGCGGUGGGAUGCCUGGAGGGGGUGAUAUGCAGGCCAUGCAACAGAUGAUGAAGCAGAUGGGUAUGGGCGGUGGUAUGCCUGGCAUGCCAGGGGGUCCAAGGAGGCGCUAA